AUGGCUAAGGGGAGCAAGCAUUGCAAGCCCCACAAGCAGGCAAUAGAAGCCAUGAUGGCGUCCUUGAAAACCGAUCCAGAGAAGUUGAAGGAGUUCAUUGACUGUCGAGAUUCGGCCCCAGACGAACCGCCCAGCGCUUUCGCAUCGGCGGUCAUGGAGUUCGAAACGACCUUCCCUGGGAGAGGCAGAGGGAAGAAACGGGGCCAUACAUCUGGUGAUGUCCUCCAGUGCGUCACCAAGCACACUGCUUCCACGAAGGUCAAGAAGGGCACUCGCUUGGUCAUGAUGCACUACGAACAGUGGAUGAAGCACGCAGAGAACACACUGGUGAUGCCCAAGCAAGAAGCAAAGACGAAGUGGGAGGCGACACUGGCCAGCUGCCCCGAAGAAGAGAAGGACAAAAAAGGCCCGGAGCACUCAUCGCUCCGCUUGCCCAUGCCAAAGGAGGACUUCGUCGAAGGAAGCAACGCUGUGGGGCAGAAGAAAGAGGUCAACGUCGAGAGCAAGCGCAAGAAAGUCACCAACGAGGACGAGGUCGCGGAGAAGCAGAAGGCCCUGACUAUCGGCCACGCGACCUUCAAGAACGCCAUGUUCAAAGAUGUCGGUGGCGGCGCCAUGGGCGUAGCUGCGUCCGUCGGCGGCACUUCCAUCGGUGCCCUCGGCCAGGGCGCGUUCGCCAACAGCCUCGAUGCAGGCUCGAACAUCUUUGCGGAGCAGCUCGCGAACAUGAAGGAGGAGAAGAGGAAGGCAGACGAGGAUAACAAGAGCAAGGGUAAACGCACAGACAUCGACAUUUUGCGGAAUAAAGUCUUGGACAAGUUAGGCAUUCAGAAGUCUGCAUCUGAGGCGAAGGUCACUAAGAUGAGGGAGUCUAUUGCGAAGGCCGAGGCAGCCGUCGGUGAAAAUACCCCAGAGUCUAGGCUGAGUGGCCCUGGCGAGGUCCCCGGAUUAGCCCGUUACGUGGACGUGAUGAGGGACAGGGCGCCAUUGAUAGAUUACGUAGUGCACGCAGACCCUACUGGUGACGAGGCCAAGGACGAAUUGAGCAUCGCAAUGGCGGCAUACGAGAAGUUGAAAACGAAAACUACGCCUAACAAGCAGUGCGAGUUGGCGAUCAAGAUCCUGAAUAUCACCAAGGAUUACAAGGAUAAGUCAGAUCCUCGCAUCGAUCCCGAAGUGCUUGGCCAGGUGUGCGUCACGGUGCGGGACAGCAUCGACGACAUGGUAGACCCUGAUGAUAUUGAUUUGAUAUCCCUCCUCUUGAAGUGUCUAGGCUGGGACUCAGAAGUUACACAGUUCUCUGACAGUGCUUCCUUGACUACAACUAUUCUGCACGAUGGCUUCUUGAGAGUGUUGGUUUGCAAAACGGCCAGGCACGAUAUCCAGCACGUCCUCCAUUCCAGGGGAUUGCAGGCCAAGUCUCUUCCUGUAGCAGAGGCCGACAUCGUCCGGGCUUGCGGGGUGAUGGAGUACUCAACGUUCAACUGGAAGAUCAAGGCGGCGCAGACCGAGGAUAUCCUGAAGACAGUGGACAAGGAGCUGGUCAGCAUCACCGACAUCAUCGGCAAGAUCUGCACAUUCGUGAGUGCGUCGGCCGACGAGGUGAUAAAGGCCAUUGAACGCCAUGAGAAGAAGAUCGCAGCGGCGGCCGAGGCGAAGGUGAGAAAGGACCAGCAGGAGAGUUUGAAGAAGCAGAGGGAGCAGGAGAAGGAAGCUAAAGCUCAGGCGGACAGGGUCAAGAGCUCUGCUGGCGGCUGUGCACUUCUUGAUGUCCAGCACGCGUGCAUCAAACCCAUGAACACCUUCAAAGAUCAUGCUGCAUACGUGGAGGCCCGUGACACACAUCAGACUAGGCCGGGCACGCCGUUUGUCAUUCAGUCGGAUAGUGCCCUCAAGGCGUUGUGCGAGGAGCGCUCCACGAAGGCCACGCUCGGCGUCUUCAGAGUCCAGUACCCAGCCAGUGCGCAGUCCAAGAAGGAGGGGCGCGGCUUCACGCCCAUGCACUCAGACAAGACGCCCAACGUUCUCAAGCAGUUGCAGAAGUUGGCCCCGAUGUCCAUGGAAGUACCCAAGGGCGAGACUGAGACGAUGAUCGGCAAGUCUAACUCACAAGUGUUGAUGUAUGGGUCGAACAUCGGCAACAAGGCAGUGCACUUCCAGCGGCAAGGCCUUCCGACUUGCUCGUACCAGAUCUCAGGCACCAAAGAGGUUAUCGCCGUGGAUUGGCAUAGCCUGAGUGACUACACGCAGAGGGCUGGCCUCAUGAAGGGGGAGAAGGAGGACUUCUUCGAGUGGUGUGUCGACAUCAUCAAGAGCAUCCACCUCAACGAGCAGCUGAACAUUUUCGACAGCUGCGAUGGCGUCUUCUACAAGGGUACCAUCAGCGCAGACCAGUACAUGUACAUUUCCCUGGGCUUCUUCGUGAUGGAGCGGGUCGUGGGGGCCACUAUGGUGGUAGGUUUCCGCAGCAGCACGCUGGACCCAGAGCCCAGCAACCUGGAGAGCUUCAAGGAGUUGGCGCAGCACCUUCACUCCUGCGCGCCCGGCUGCGCCUUGGACAAGUUCUGGGCGAGCCUGAUCAACGUCCUCGACGGUUUCCCGAAGCCCUGCAGGGGGAGCAAGCACUUGCGAAAGCAGCGAGUGCACCAGGACAGUUGA